GAUUUUAAACGAACUUUCAACUGUUUCAGCUGUAAAAUUUUGUUCCAAAACGAGAUUUCUUGUGAAAAAAGUAAAAAAUCUGAAGUGACAUUCAAUAUUUUCAAUUAAAAACGUACUUUAAACUCUUCUGAUUAGGUAAUGGACAUAAGAUGUCGUCUCCUGAACAUCGCAUUAAUAGACUCUCGACGUAUUUUAGUUCGAAAUCUCGCGACAAAAGCUGAAAUUUAUGAGCAAUGUUAUCAAAUUUUGGGAGUUGAUGAGUUUUCCGAUCAAAAUACCGUUCGCAAUGCCUACAUUUCGCUCGUGAAAAAGCUCCAUCCUGACAGCGGGCAUGCUGAAGCCAACCAAGAACGCUUCCAAGAAGUCGAUCAAGCCUUCAAAAUCCUUCAAGGAAAAUUCGCAAAGGCUCGUCGCGGUAUUUUCGAAGAUUUAACUGAACGUUCGAAGGGGUUUGACAUUCGUCACACGGCGCCGCAGCAUCGUCAGUAUUUAAGUUACGAAGGAAUUGGCUCGGGAACUCUCGCACAACGUGAACGACAAUAUCAGCAAUACAAAGCGGUGAAAGCGCAAGGCAGAGUUUUGGAAUUUCGCGUUCAAAAAGCUCAAGCAACGGAAGGUGCGGUAGUCAAAAAGGGAGAAUUUUACAAAAAACACGCGAUAAAGACGAAAUAUGGCUUCGAUCGUGUCGUUGAAGAUUUAAUUCAAGAAGCGAUGUCACGCGGGGACUUUCAAAAUUUAAAAGGAGUCGGAAAACCCUUGGAUAAUGUUCAAAGUCAGAACCCCUAUGUAGAUUUUACAACACACAAACUCAAUAAAAUCCUCAUGGAUAACGGUUUUGUGCCUGAAUGGAUCAUGUUACAGAAGGAAAUCAACGAAGAAAUCGCUGAACUGAAGCAAAGUUUAGCCUACGAACGAGCUUUUGUAGGAAAAUUACCUUUAACGAAGGAAGAAAUCGACUUUUGGGAUGAAAUUCUUCAAAAACACGAAGAAUCAGUAACAAACAUCAACAAAAAAAUCGACAAAUUCAACUUAAUUGUGCCUGUGAUGGAUAAACAACUGAUGCAAAUCCAGCUAAAAAGAAUUUCCGAUCGAAUAUUGAACGAAGGAAAGUGCGCGAGAGACGGAGUAACAAUCGCCGAUCGUAAAAAAGUGCGUCAAUAUACGGAAAAAGACGCAUUGAGCCAGCAAGAUGGGCUUUCGUCGUUCUUUAGUUCGAUAUUUUCCGCAAAAAAGUGAUGAAAAAGUUAGUUUUUUAAAUAAUUCUAUAUAUUUAUUUAUAACAGACCCUCAAUAUAAUACGAAAAACAUAAAAA